UUCAAGCGAUUUGACAGACGGAAAACGGAAGUUGAUCUUCGAUCUAGUACUACGAUCGGCACUGCGUUUGAUUUUGACAGCCUUUUUUCUCUCGGCGAGUGUAUGGAAACAGACGUGUAAAAUGAAGUUGAACGUAUCUUUCCCCGCUACUGGGGCCCAAAAGACCUUCGAGGUCAUGGACGACCACAAGUUGCGUCACUUUUAUGACAAGCGUAUGGGCGCCGAGAUCACCGCUGACCAUCUUGGCGAUGAAUGGAAGGGUUACGUGUUCAAGAUUGCCGGUGGUAACGACAAGCAGGGUUUCCCAAUGAAGCAGGGAGUCCUGACUAACACCCGUGUCCGUUUGCUGUUGAAGAAGGGACAUUCCUGCUACAGGCCGCGUCGUACUGGCGAGCGCAAGCGUAAAUCGGUUCGCGGUUGUAUUGUGGACCAGAACCUGUCGGCGCUAGCGCUGAUCGUAUUGAAGAAGGGCGAGAAGGACAUUCCCGGUCUGACCGACACUACUGUUCCGCGUCGUUUGGGUCCAAAGCGAGCCAGUAACAUCCGCAAGCUGUACAAUCUAGGCAAGGAUGACGAUGUGCGUCAGUUCGUCGUUAAGCGCCCACUUCCGGAAAAGGAUGGCAAGAAGCCUCGCUCCAAGGCACCGAAAAUCCAACGCCUAAUCACGCCAGUGGUUUUGCAGCGUAAGAGACACCGUCUUGCGAUUAAGAAGCGCCGUGUGGAAUCACGUAAGGAAGCCGAAGCCGAAUAUGUUAAAAUUCUGGCUGUCCGUCGCCGUGCCGAGCGUAUUCGCCGUCGUUCCCGACUAUCUUCGAUGCGCGAUUCGCGCAGCUCAAUUGGCUCAGAAAAGGAGAAGGAAAAAGCCGCAGCUAAGGCUGCCAAGAAGGUCGCUAAAAAGGAGGCCAAGAAGGAGGUGAAAAAAGUCACCGAGGCAGCCAAAAAGGCGACUGACCCCAAGGCUAAGGGUAAGACUGCCGAAGCCAAGAAACCAGAGAAGAAGACCGAAGCGAAGAAAUCGGAUGCCGCCAAGAAGGUAGAUGCCAAGAAGUCUGACGCUAAGAAACCGGAAGCCAAGAAGGUUGAAACCAAAAAGGUGGAAGCCAAGAAGGCCGACGCUGGUAAGAAGGCCGCCGGAGAUAAGAAAGAGAAGAAGGUGGUGAAAAAGGAUGCACCAGUGGCUUCUGCUUCCGGUGCUAAGAAGGAGGCGCCCAAGAGGAAACCCGAAGCUAGCAAGGGUGACGCAAGCGCAGCCAAGAAGGAAAAGAAGCAAAAGAAGAAGUAAGCUAGUACUUCUUGCUUAGGAUGCGUUUUAUAAUUUAAUCUUAAUGGUAUGAUAUACAAGAGAAUACAGUUAAGAAAACAA